CUUCUUCACAUUGUGUUGAGCUCCACACAGCUGUCUCAGCCUCCAGCCACCUUGGUGAAGGAGAACCCUGACCCUCUACAAGACAUGGACUUCAACGGAGCAUGGCAGGUCUACGCACAGGAAAACUAUGAGGAGUUCCUCAGGGCCAUGGAGCUCCCAGAAGAUGUGAUCAAGAUGGCCAAGGACAUCAAACCGAUUACUGAAAUCAAACAGACCGGCAACGACUUCGUCAUCACCUCCAAGACACCUGGAAAAUCUGUGACAAACUCCUUCACCAUCGGCAAGGAGGCUGAAAUUACCACCAUGGAUGGCAAGAAGCUAAAGUGCACCGUCAAUCUGGAGGGAGGCAAACUGGUCUGCAACACUGGCAAGUUCUGCCACACACAGGAGCUGAAGGGAGGCGAGAUGAUCGAGACUCUGACCAAGGGCUCGACGACGCUCGUCAGGAAGAGCAGAAAGAUUUAAAUCUGGCAGUGGAGAAAAAAAUACAAUGUCUUUUUAAAUAAAGUGAUUAAUAUGGGU